ACUUGGUUUGUCUCAGUAUCGAAACGAAUACAACACGAGGUGGUUGUCAAAACCGCUGUAAUGUGUCACAUCUCCUUGAAUUACCACUCAUUCCCCUUAAAAGUUCCAACCAAUUAAUCAAAAAGCCAUAGUGUGCACCGAGUACUGUUGCAUUGCAAACCUGUCAAACCCGUAAUUAAUUGAUUCAAGAAAAACUCAUUGGUGUGUGCCAUGUUAGAGGGCCCCAUAAAUCGUGCCUGACGCGAUUUUCUCCCCCAAAUAAUCGUAAAUAAACCAGCGAAGUCAUUUAACCUCUUCUAUAACUGAUAAGAGGCCGAAUAAUACAUAAAUGAGGUGAAAUAGUAGCGGUUACACCGCAUUUGACGACGUGAUGGUGUUCUGGUGCCAUUGGUGGUUGUGAAAAAUAUCAAUAUCAUUUUGGUGAGUGAUAAACCUCUGGAACACCUGAUAAAUUCAAAAAUAUAAUCCGAGUUUUGGAAGAUGUGAGUUGAUUAUCAAGUGCUAGCGAUGAUAAUCGAUUAGCUUUCAUGAGAGAUGUGAAGUGACAGUCGACCAAGUGACAUCGAUAACAACAAUACUAUCUUUUUUUUUAAUCUCUUUUCCGGCUAUUAUAACUGGAUUUUUAUUGUUUGGUGGCGAGAGGACGUGGCGAACAUCAAAAUAACUCAAGACUAUACAGCAGAAAAUAACAGAACAAAACGAGCAGUUGAAUUGUUCUAUUUUGAUGAUUUAUCUCUCCAAUUUGACCUGUCAGAUCAAUUAGAUCGUUGAUUGGAGAAGAGGAAUUCUAGUGGCGGGAUUAUCGUGGGUUAUUAUUAUUUUUUUUUAUUAUAUGUGAAGAAUAAAAGUCGUUGACAAUGACGGCAAUGCUGGUGUCUGUUGCUGAACUCUCGAACAUUUUCUCCGUUCUCGCAGUAUUAAUAUGCUUCUGCGGGGUUGUACUUUUUAUCAUGAGGAACAUGAUGGUCCUCAGAGUACAUGGGGAUGACCUCAUGUUUGGAGGCAAUGGCGGAGUCAUGUCGCACUCACCUAGAAUUCCACAAAUGAAGAUGAUGAAGGUCCACAUACCGUUCACCUUCAAACUUCACGAGAGCUCCAAGAGUACUUACGCGGAAAAGUUUAAUUGCAUCAGCAAUGGAAAAGUUCUGCAACAACUAUACCUGGCGACUGGAAAUUCAACAAGUUACGACGAGGGUGACGUCUCCGCGGGUUUAGGCCCAGCCCUAGCCCUAGCAGAGCCCUGCAAUAGUAAUGGGGUACCAUCGAGAGGAGCUCUGGUAGCAUCUGGUGCUGGUGAUUCGGAGGGCUCAUUAUGGAAUACAGCGGGUGAACAAUUGUGUGUAGUUUGCCAAUAUUUUCCAUUAUCGAGGGCCUUAUUACCCUGUCGACACACGUGCAUAUGUGCCUCUUGCUUCGGCAAAUUGGACAGGUGCCCAAUGUGUCGUAGUCCCAUCAAGAGUUACUUCUGCAUCAGAGGUGAGGAGUACAUGCCACCCGAAAAGGAGAUAAAUCCCUGCAAACCAAGACAACCAACCCAUGGACCCUCUCACUGGCUCCACGAUUGGAAUGACAGACUCACGGAUUUUCUCGGUUUUGCUCGAUAG